ACACAUCACGCUCUUUUUCUCCUUGAUUGUUUUUAAAAUUUUUGAUGUAGGAAAACGUCAAACCUUGAUAUUCUGAUAAGAAAGAGUGACCCUCCUCUAGAAAGGAGAAAGCUAGAAAAAUUCAUGAAAAAGCAGCAAAAUGGGCAAAAUUUCGAGGAGAAUUCUGUUUGGUGUGGAGCAAGGUCUUUGUAAUACCAUUGAUAAUUAAAACGUAUUUUAAAGCCGACUGAAUAUUUUUACAUGGUUAUUGCACAUUUGAAAUGAGAUUUUAUUGGUUUAAGAAAGUACUAGCAUUCGUUUAGUUACCUUUUCCAAUAAUAUAUUAAAUUUUUUAACAUGAUUUUACUGCUUCAAAUUGCCUUCAUAAUUGUAUCCUAGUGAUUUUAUUCUUUGCAUCAAAUAAAUUAUACCCAAAAAAUAGCGAGGAAAGUUUCUUUUGUUUUCACCUUUGAACGUAUAUACAGCAUAGAAAUACGAAUGUGAUUAUAUUCAUUUAGUAAUAUGCUGUAAUUGGAUUUUCCAAAUUUCGGGGGGAGGGGGCCGUCACUCCACCGAGCCCCCUAUUAUUUACGUGGCCGAUCACAGCUGGGCGGGAGUACCGUACUUCCAACGUUUUCAUGUUAAAAUGUAUGCAGGCAUAAACAGUAUAUAGGAAUUAAAAAUUUACUUCUACCUAUACAAAAGAUUGUCGUGCUCUUGAAAUAAAAUAUUUAGCCCCUAAAAACGUUCGAACCCCUUAAUCUGUAAUAUGCUCCGCUUUCCUUGCAGUUGGCAUGAUAUUCCAUUCGAGGAAACUUUUGAGUGCGGCGUUCAAUGGAAAGCGGCGUUAAUCAGAGGGCAGCGUUUAGUAGAAAAUGAAAAGGGUGUCAAUUGAAAAAUGACAAGAAAAAGUGCGAUGAAAAUGAAUAAAGUAGACUCUAAACAAUGUUUCUUUUCCCAAAAGAUUAAGCUUGUGUAAAAAUUUUAUUAUACAGAAAAAUUUUUAGAGAGCAGUGCAAUUUCAUCUUGUUCACAAUUUCACUUGAUAAUGUUUUGAUAAACGCCAAAACCAAAGAAUAAGUUAAAAGACAAAAAGAUAAAAAAUUGUGUUUUUUAUCUACAGCGGCCACUGCAUAAAUACCUCAUAUAUUUUUUCUUUUCAUACACCGCUGAAUGUGCGAUUGUAAUGGUUAUUUUCUUGCUGUUUCUCAACCCAGCCUCAAUGGGGGCCUAUAAAAACGCAAAUAUGGCAUGUUAGGAUAGGGGGCUAGGGGGCUUAUAAACAAUUAUCCCCUUCAGGGUAGAGACUUAUUAAAUAGUUCUUUUCAAAAAUUCUUUUUUCAGUAUCUCUGCAAAAUUUUUGCAAUAAGUUUAAAAAAUUAUGUUAUCGGAAGUCUUUUUAAAUUCUCUAGAAUGAAUUCCCUCAAAACGCAUUAAAUGAAAUUUUUAUUCUUUGCCACGAUUGUUACUGUGCUAUUCGACACGUUGUGCCAUUCGACACGUUGCUGGCCAACUUAAUCCCCCUCCGCAGUCAGUGACAUGAUUUUCAAUAUUAUGAAGCAAUACCAUAUGUUCAUUAGUAAUAUACGGUGUGCAGCAAUAGUGAACUUUAAUUGCUAUUUAUUCCAAUUUUUGCAACUUGAUCGACUGUUUCUAGCUGCGCUUCGUAUGAAAAUACGCAAACCUCAGGGUCGUUUAUAGCAGAUGGCUGGAGGAACAGAGACGAUGCUUCUAGCAACUUAAAUCAUAAUCAGAGUACCCCAUGUGAAAAUGAAUAUUUCAUAUCCACUCAAAAACAGGUGACAGCUCAACUCGGCAUAGUUCGUAGAAAAGUCGCAAGGCAAGCACGAAAAUCUUGGAAGCAAGAAAACUCCAUAGUAAAAGUAAGCAGUUUUCUUUACUUUAUUUCUACAUGUUGGUAUAGGAUAUAUAUUUAUAUAAAGAUAAUAUGAAAGAGAAUUAGAAAGCAAAACAAAGCCAUGCAUCCUUCCGACGGGAAAGCCAAAACGCUCUAGUGAUCGCAUACUCAAAUUAAAAUUCUACAAAAGGAAAUUCGAACGCGUAAAAGUUGAGUGAGGAUAUAAUGAGGAAUUGUAUUCAUUUCAGUGUACCCACGUGAACUCUUCUAUAAGUGGGAUCAUACAGUUAUAACUGGGGUUUCAUCUCUUAACGGAAAGUUGAGUUUUGAGUUUUCGCGAGUUUCCCAGCACUCUAUAUAACUGGAUUUUUACAGGGCAAACUUCUCAGUUUGUGGAAAUGACAAGUUCCUCUUGGCACACUUUUUACCAACAUAUCGAGUUGAAAAUAUUGAUAUAAAAAUCAUUGCAGAAACUAAGACUAGAUUUCUCCUUUCAAUCAAACCAGUCCCUAAUUACGGGGUUUCGGUAAACAUAACAGCAUGACAGAAAUAAAUAUUACAUGGAAAAUCAACUUAGAACAAGAUAUAAAGUAACUCCAACGAAAUUAUAGGAAUAGAAACCAGUAAAUGAUAUUGAAGUCUGCUUUCCAAAAAUGAAUUUUCAUACACAAAAACUUUUGCUUAUGUAUGAAUUUUCAUACACAAAAACCGUUUUGAAGAAUUUUAGAAAAGCACUUAAUUUUUACAGCUCUAAAUACGGAAAUUUGUCAUUGGGUCGAAUUUUAUUCGGAAAAAAUCAAUGAUAAGGAUAUCUGCCAUUUUUUGGCGCAGUAUGCCUUUAGAGAAUUUUAUGAAAGUUGUUAAACAUAAAGCCAAGAAAUCUAGAAGCAUUUAAUAGAAGAAAUAAUGUGCUUCGUUGCUGUACUAAGGAAGUCGGGACUGUUAUUGCAUCAUAGAGACGAUUGAAUUAUUGCGUAAUGGAAAUUAUUAAUUGUCGUAAUACUAUCUUGAACCAAACAUGUCUACUCCUUGAGUUUAACAAACAUGUGUUGAAGAAGAAGUCAAUAGUUGGGGUGCCUGGCCUGUCAUGGUGUCAAAUAGACACUGCCGUAUACAUAAAAUAUCCCUGUUUAUAAUAGAUGGAAAAUAUUACUGAUAAGGGGGUUUCCUGAAAUCUGUAAAGCCUCUAAUCUGAUUUUUAUGAACGACAACAAUUUUAAGCAUGAACAAUGUGACUAACUAUGAAGCUCUUGCAGUAUCCCCCAGUAAUUGUUUUGCCAACGUAGCGCAUUUACUGAUUAUUCGAGACUAUUUCAAAAUGUUUGAUUAUCAUCUUGAUGAUGAAGAAUAUUCUUUUGAUUGUCCCUAUUUUUAUAAAGGACUAUAGUGUGCCUUAACCAAAGCCUUUUUGACAUUCCAAAAGUCAGAACAAUAAUUUAUCAGAUCGUUAGACUCUCUCGGGCCUAAAAUCUGAAAGUCUCUCCCAAAAUCAGUUAACACAGCCUAAAAUACUUAGCAAUUAAAAAAUGUGAUUAAAACUUGGCUUCUUAAAAGCAAGAAUGCAUGUUCUUUCGGCAGUAAUUACUCUGUCCUCCGCGAUCUUUAUAAUUGCUUUAUGUUAUUCUAAAUAAAAAUACGUUCAUGUUUGAAGAAAUCUAACAUUGAAAAAGUUAUAUAAUCCAAUACCAUCUUGGUUUGGGCCGAGAAAGACUCAAUCCAUUAUUGAUUGAUCUUAUAAAUAAUACAAUCGAUUCUGCAAUUGCACAAGUUUAGUUCAUAAACAAGUAUAAUUAAGAAUAGAAAAUCUCUAACUGCAACAAAUAAAGGUUCCUUUAAAUAAAAUAGAUGUCCCAUCAAAUUGUAAUGCUAGAUGUAGGGAAAGCAAACCCCUAGUAUCAAACCUUGAAAAAUUCUGAAAGAGAUGGGGCUAAAAGACUUGCUAAAUCCCUAUAAAUUGCUGUUGAUAUCUAUGUAAUUUAAAGCUACUUUUCAGACGAAAUAAAUAGUGAUAAUGUCUCUGUAGUCUCAAUACACAGAUUUAAUGAAACAAUAGCCCAGUGCUAUAUCUGAUAACAAAGAUAUAAAUUGAAAAUGUCACGCUGGGAUCUGAGGGAGAAGUCAAUGGUUGGGAGGGUUGAAGAGUCAAAUUGGUAUUGCUGUAUUUCCAUCGAGGCGUCAUUAUUUCUAAUCUUUCAUUUUGAGAAUAUUUGUCUAGACGUUGCUCUAUAGGUAAGGUCUUUGAAUUUUAAUUUUUGUCCUGCUACCUGUUGUGUUUUACCAAAAGAAGCAGUCAUAUUUACAAGAGCUUGCUUUCAAACCCAGACAUUUUUCUCCUUUUACUCGCCUUUCAAACUAUCUCCUAAAUUUCAAUGAUCAUAAAGAUAUGAAACUUUUACGCGAAUUCGUGCUCAAGCUAAAAUUUUCUUAAUUAAUAAAAGAAAUCUAUUCAAAGAAUUGGAUUAAAUGAAUUGGCUGUAUAUUUUCUAAAAUUUAAUGUAUGACGGUGAAUUUUCAAUUUCACCGUCGAAUUCGAAUUUCUUUUGACGUUGAAACUGCAAAUACUACGGUUCUGCUUCCUUUUCAAUAACUGAUUCCCUUCUUAUUUUGGUCAUGGUCAGAAAUUAAAUUUGGCUUGAAAUGAGCUAGCUUUAUUGAAAACAGACGUUGGAUCCUGAUUGCUACAGAAAACAGAUGCUCCACUGACAUUUGAUGAAGAGAUGCGGUAUCGAUGGUGCAUUGUCAGCGUAUUCGGUAUUCUUCGCAGUUUAAGAGCUGUUGGUGUUGGCGAGUUUGACGUCUCUGGCUGCAAUAAAGAAUUCAGCUGUUUUAAAGGACCAACAGGGUGCAAUUCAACUCAAGACUGCGAUUUUUUCAUCCAAUUUACAUACAACAAAGGGAACAAAAGUGUUGUUUUUGCCAUUUCCAGCAUUUUCGAAUGGGUUGCAUUUGGCUUAAGAAAAGACAAAACAUUUUCAAUGGAUACAAACGUUGGUGAAGUUUGCGUGAAAAAUUCUUCUGUGUCAAGGAUGAUGCUUUUCCAGACGACUGGGUACAAAGUAACAUUUCUCCCUGUUACAGGAAUUCAAAACGUAAGAACAGAAGUCAUCAAUGGAAGUGUCAUAUGCAGGUAUACAAGGUCGAUCGCUCCGCCAUCAGGAACCUUCCUCGCAGACUUGAAAGAGCAGUUCUAUCUCACAGUUGCUUAUGGAUCGCUAAAAAAAACUGGACUUGCCAAGCACCGAAGAGGCAAUUAUGCAACAAGUGACAAAUCUAUUAAUUUUGAAGGUCCAGUCUCCCAAAUAAACAUGGAAACAAAUUCGCCGUUAUAUCUGAUAAUCCAUGCUUGCUCAAUGACUUUUGCAUGGAUUUUCUGUGCGUCAUUGGGAGCGUUCGUUGCACGAAAUAGAAACUACAUCAAGUAUGGUUCAACACAAAUAUGGUUCAAGAUCCAUUUGCCGUUGAUGGUAGCUGCAGUUCUGCUUACCUCGAGUGGGAUACUCACGAUCUUGAGAUACAAAGGUGGUUGGAAACUACAGGGGGCUGGGCCUCAUCCAUAUAUUGGUAUAUUCACGUUCCUGUCAGCUAUUCUACAGACGCUGGUGGCAGUGUUCAGACCAAGCAUAACUGCACCAAGCCGAUGGAUUUUCAAUGUACUGCAUAAAAUCCUUGGAAUUUCGACCCUGCUUGGCGGAUCUAUAUCGGCGUUGUAUGGCUGUCACUUGCUGUCUGUGCAUCUUGAGCCGCUGAUAGUCUGGUUUUUCCUUCUUCCAUGUGCUGCAGUUCUGGCUGAGAUAUUUAGAUAUGCAAAGUUUCAAGAAAAUGCUAUUGGAUCAGCCCCCAUUGAAGUACAAGAAACAACGUCUACCAAUCAAUUGGCUGUAAAAGUCAUAACUUGGUUGACAGUGAUAGUGUCCGUCAUUGCGAUGUUUGUUGCCUGUUAUCUGGCAGUUCUUUUUGUCAAAUCAGUAUCGGAGAAAGCCACUGGAAAAUAUCAUUGAAAAGGCUCGGUACUAAGC